AUGACCAAAGUCCGCGUGGGAGCCGUACAAGCCGAACCCGGCUGGAUCGACCUCGCCGCCAGUGUGCGCAAGACGAUAGCCUUAAUCACCGAAGCGGGCGAGAAGGGAAUCAACGUUCUCGGAUUUCCCGAAGUAUGGAUCCCGGGAUAUCUAUGGACGAUGUGGACGGGGAGCGUUGCCGACAAUGUAGAGCUGAUGCACCAAUACAUGGCCAACUCUCUUGCACGAGAAUCCCCCGAAAUGGACGCCAUCCGCCAAGCCGUCAAGGAUGCUGGGAUCUUCAUUGUGCUGGGGUAUAGCGAGCGCGAAGGCGGCAGUCUGUACAUGGCGCAGUCUUUCAUCAACCCAGACGGGGAGAUCAUACAUCAUCGGCGCAAGAUCAAGCCCACGCAUGUGGAGCGAUCUAUUUGGGGGGAAGGGCAGGCGGAGUCGUUGCAGGCGGUUGUUGAUUCUCCGUUUGGACGGGUUGGGGGUCUAAAUUGUUGGGAGCAUCUGCAGCCAUUGUUGCGGUUCUAUGAGUAUUCGAAGGGGGUGCAGAUUCAUGUGGCGAGCUGGCCGCCGGAGUUUCCGGAGCCCAAGGGGAUGAAAUGGCCAUUUCAUGAGACGGCGGUUGCGAGCCGGAAUGUUAGUCAGUUCUUUGCGAUCGAGGGGCAGGCGUUUGUGUUGGUUUGUACACAGGUGGUGAAGUCUGAGAGUCUGGCCAGGCAGAAUUUGGUGGAAGGGGGUAUUAUUCAAACGCCCGGUGGAGGAUUCUCCAUGAUCUUUGGACCUGAUGGUGCUCCUCUUGUAGAUGCGCCUCCGGCGGACGAAGAGUGCAUAUUGCAGGCUGAUAUUGACCUCGCAGAUAUUGACUACGCGAAAGCAAUGAUCGAUACUGUGGGGCAUUACUCCAGGCCAGAUUUACUGUCUCUAAGAGUGAAUACGGAGGCUGCGAAGUGUGUGUGGGAGAGUCAAGCCGAAUUUUGAGUGAUGGCAUGCAAUGGCUAAAAAUGCGGA